AUGGAGCGAAGAGCAAGCCAGGAACUAGACGAAGGACCAGACUCCGUGGGCUCUGCUGGCAGUCGAACAAGCAGGAAACGCGCUGCCUCUAUCGACGUGGACGAGGCCAACAACAGCUCGAGGGCGAGAGAAUUCAGCCUGGAAACCGGACCGAUGGGCAGCGAAGGCAGCAAGGACUACAUCUGUCUCUGCACGCCCGCUCUCAAGGUUCCAAGACCUCGCAACGCAUUCAUCCUGUACAGACAACACCACCAGGCACAGGUCAUCUCCCAACACCCCGGACUCUCCAAUCCCGAGAUUUCCAAGAUCAUUGGAGAGCAGUGGCGGGUACAGCCUGAGGAUGUCAAGGAAAGUUGGAAGAAGCUUGCAGAAGAAGAGAAGAUCCGACACCAACGACAAUACCCAGACUACCGGUACCAGCCGAGGCGCGGUGGACGACCAGGAAGCCGGCCGGGCUCAUCAUCCGGAGGAGAUACAGGAAGGUGCCCCAAGUGUGGAGGCAGGUUCAUCGCAACGCCCAGAACGCCGUCGACACCGUUUGUCACACCGACUGCUGCGAAAACGAGCAUGCCUCCUCACCACCAGAGAGAUAUGCGAAGCGUCGACAACGACCAGCUUCGGCAUGCCCUGCCUGGCGGGAAACAGCCUUAUCAAUAUCAACAUGGCAACCUGCGAGACGUCGACGAGGAAUACGAAGCCAUGUCGCCGUCGCCCGAGCUCAAACGGCGCCGAUUCAACGCCAUGGGCCACUACCAGGCUGUGCCGUCCCCGGGCCCGUACACCGGGCAUCCACUGUCAAGACAGCCCCGAUCGUCUCUGAGUAUGCCAGGAACGCCGCCUGUCGCGGGAUACGGGCCGUUGCCUGGCCCAUCCGCGCUUGCGAGGCCUGGCGGCCACGGACCUAUGGCGCCUCCUCCUCGACCGCAUCAUUCGGGCUACUCAGGACCAAGCCGCGGCUCGGCCUUCGACGAAAGUCUUCGCUUGCCGCCCUUGCAAACACAAAACUCUCCCCCACUAGGCAGAGAGGGUGACAUGAACGAUCGCCCAAGCGCUCAUCCAUCCUCGGGCCAUGGCAUUGCCAACUCCCGUGACGCGUACGCCCAAAGCAUCGAGGCCAUGAUUAUGACGAUACCAUUCUUGAGUAAGCUGAAGGUCCUGCAAAAGAUCAGCCCGACUUUGACUCCGCCUGGACCGGCCAGCCCGGACAUCGACACCCGCGGCGCAGUCAUCGCCAUCGAAGGAGGUGAUCCUCGACAGCUGGAACAGGUCGGAACGGCAAUUCACAGGUCUCUUCUUGGCUUGAGCGAGAUUGACCUGAAGAUUUGGUGCGAGGCGCCGGCCAGCCCACUGUCAACCACAUCAGCCGAGGAAGACACGAAGAUGAACGACGGCGCGUCCAUUGCCAGCAGCAGGAAGAGCAGCCAUUCGCAGCCGACUCUCCACGCGUCGGAACUAUUCUCCAGCUAUAUGCAGACCAUGAUGAAGUGGCACGAGAAGUCGCGGGAGAUCGUCAAGCACAUCACCACCAAACCGGUCUUCGGACCAGAAGAACAACCGCCGAACAGAAGGGCCUCGGAAGGAGAGCUUGUCGCAUCGAGGCACGAUUUGACAUCAACUCCCAGCCUGGCCAAGACACCGAUUGCUCUGCUUCCUGCGGGUUUCAGCUUGACCAUAUCAGACAAGUAUGCUUGUAUGAUACCCAUUUCUGAUUCGUACGCCCCUGUCGACCACUGGCAGUGGAUGUCGACCCUGUGGAGGGGCAUCAUCGGACCAGACCUCGUCAUAUAUGUCAAGACUGCGGCGGAAGACGAGGUCGCUCGAGCAGGAGCCGUUGAAUUCAAAGGCCCUGGUGUUAUGGUGAUCAGGAUCGCGCAUGGCAAAUCGCUGGACGAGAAGACUGAGCGGCGCGUUUGUUUCGAAGUUGUCGAGUGGAUCCGGGGAGCCAGCUUCCAGGAGGGAUUCGGUCGAGUUUGA